CCAAGAUGGCGCCGGGCGAGAGAGAAAAGUGAUGAGAGAAUAGAACAACAAGCGACACAACUACACAACAGUGUGCAUUUUUUUACCCCGUGCUGCUGUUUAAUGCCAGACAUCGGUCUUAACGCCAGGAAGCUGUCAAGCACGUAUUGCGAGACCGCCUCGGUCCGCAGGGAUACAAUUACUCAGCUAACUGUUUGCUAACUAGCCGCUAAAGUGGCUAACGGUAGCUAGCGUUAACUGCGGAAGGCGAGUGAGGAGAAGGCAGGCAGGCGGCUCCAAGUAGAAGCCGACAAGUCGAGCCGUUUUUUUUUUUGUUUUUGUUUUUUUGUUUUAGUUACGCGACGUCUCCCGUUGAAAGAGCCUUACAGAGUUUGUUGCACCAUUAUCCAAAGCAGCGGUCCGUCUGGAAAGAAGCGUUUAACAUCUGAUAAGGAAAGCUGAAAAGACGAGGAAAGGCGUCAUCUUCGCUGAUCUGACGCCAUGGCUCACUCCCCUAUUCAGAGUGGACUGCCGGGGAUUCAGAAUUUCCAAGCCGAUCCCGAGGAGUUCUUCACCAAGCUGGAGAGAAUAGGGAAGGGCUCUUUCGGUGAAGUCUUUAAAGGCAUCGACAAUCGGACUCAGAAAGUUGUGGCCAUUAAAAUUAUUGAUCUGGAGGAGGCGGAGGAUGAUAUAGAGGACAUUCAACAGGAGAUCACGGUUCUCAGCCAGUGUGACAGUCCCUUUAUCACCAAGUAUUUUGGAUCCUAUCUCAAGGGUACAAAAUUAUGGAUUAUAAUGGAAUAUUUGGGUGGAGGAUCAGCGCUUGAUUUGCUGGAACCAGGUGCCCUGGAUGAAACACAGAUUGCCACAAUCCUGAGGGAAAUCUUGAAAGGGCUCGAGUAUCUGCACUCUGAAAAGAAGAUACACAGAGAUAUCAAAGCUGCUAACGUUUUGCUGUCAGAACAAGGCGACGUGAAGCUUGCAGACUUCGGAGUAGCGGGCCAGUUGACAGACACUCAGAUAAAAAGGAACACAUUUGUUGGAACGCCUUUCUGGAUGGCACCUGAAGUCAUAAAGCAGUCUGCCUACGAUUCAAAGGCUGACAUCUGGUCAUUAGGAAUAACAGCAAUAGAACUGGCUAAAGGAGAGCCACCCCACUCUGACCUUCAUCCUAUGAAGGUCUUAUUCCUCAUCCCAAAGAACAAUCCACCAACUCUGGAAGGAAACUACAGUAAACAACUUAAAGAGUUUGUUGAAGCCUGUUUAAAUAAGGAGCCAAGCUUUAGGCCAACUGCCAAAGAGUUGUUAAAACAUAGGUACAUUGUAAGGCAUGCCAAAAAGACAACCUAUCUGACAGAGCUGAUUGACAGAUACAAGAGGUGGAAAUCAGAGCAGUCUCGGGAUGAAUCGAGCCCCGAAGGAUCCGAUGAGGAGCCGGACGGCCAGGCAUCUGGAGGUAACGGUAACAGCAAUAAAUGGAACUUCACCGUCAAGGGCCUGGAAAUGGUUCAGAAUGGUGGAGCACAGCCGGCUGCGUUAGAAAAGAAGCAGGUGGAUGAGAGUCCAAAGAGGCCUUUGUCACAAAGCUUAUCAGAAAUCUUUCGUCCGUUGUUUUCUGAGUUGAAAGAAAAGGGUGAGACAAGUAAUGGCAAGCCAGAAGCUGCAGAGGAGCUGCGGGAGGCCCUUGUUCUGGCAGAAGAAACACACCCGGGGAUCUGUGACUCCCUGGUGGCUGAACUAGUGCAGAGACUUCAGAAGUUUUCUGUGCCACAGGCAGCCGCCGCUCAGUAAGAGGAGCUUCGUCCAGCUCUGCUCUACUUUUCCACCCUGGUGGCAGCAGUCAGAUCUUUUCCUCUGACCUCCACAGCCAGGAUGAAGUCUCCCAGGAAGGUCUCCAUCACUCAUUUGCCUGAAGCAAAUCCUGGCCUACUUAAUGUCUGUUUAUACGCUAGCACAGCACCAGAGGGUCCUAUUCAGGACAGUCAGUGGCCAUUCAGUCAGCUGCCACUUGCUGUAUGAUGUCCCUUCUCGAUACCUCCUUCUCAACUGUUUAUUUUAAGAGUGGAGUUAGCUAUCUUAUUGGAAGGACUCUUGAGUUUUUUGAUUUUGGUGAGUUUGUGGCUCUUUCAAAAAGGUUUACACUCAGCAUCUUUUUUUUCUUUUUUUUUUGGAGAAAAUACCUUGCUUAAUUAACUGUGUGCAUGUGUGUGUGUGGCUGUGCGAGAUAUUCUGUGAGACGUGCAGUGAAGAGUGACAAGUGGGUCGAAGCAUUCUAUUGAAAACUCAGGUAUUCUGCUUUAAGUGGAUUGGGUCCUCUGGGAGAUGGAGAGAGCUCUUUAGGGUGGUUGUACAGACUUGUAAAUAAGCUAAUUUCUACAGAUUCGUGAUAAAAAUAUUGGAGCGUUUGGAACCACUGUGUUCAAAUGGCCAAAUGCAAACUGUAGAUAUGGUUGUGAGGUAAAUAUUUUGAAAGACUAAAGGGGCCACAAAUGAGAUUGCCUUGCCUUUGUACUUUGUUCUUUUGUAUAUUGGUCUUUGAUUUCUCUUCUUUUAGUUGUACACAUUUUAAGUACUCAUCCAGUGAAUGAAAAUGGCUGCCCUCUAUCAUGUUUUACUAUUGAUUUAUUAUUAUAUUUCUUAAUGCUCUUUAACUUUUUUGGUUUCACACUCUUUGCUGUGGCUGUAAUAUUGUUGGAGAAUGUAAAAAAGAGAACAAAAAAUAAUAACAGCUGGUUUAUUUGAAGCCCCACCAGUUUUACACACUGGAUGCUCUGUUUCCAGCCCUGAUUACACAAGGCCUCGAGUUGUGUUGGUUUGUUGGACUCUGCCUCAUUCCCCCUCUUUCUUUUUUUUUUUAUUUUUUUAUUUUUUGCUGUGCGUUUGAUUGAUCAGAUAAACUGAGGUUUCGUCCAUUCAUUCCAUUAACAGGGCAGUGCCAUCAUCUAGUUUAUAAAUCCGCAGACUCUGUUAGUCUUCCUAGGAGCUGCAGUGGUACGAUCUCCUCAAUGUACCUACAGCUUUAAUUGCACUUCAAGUAUAAAUGCCUUUGACUAUAAACAAAGUAGCCAUAAAACAGUAGCAUGAGACUUAGAGUAUUUUGCAGGUAUGCGCCAUACUAUCCGGGACACACAAAAGUCCGCCUGAAGUCUCACAGCUUGGACUCUGGAGUCGGUCGUGCAGUGUAAUAUUUGCCUGGCUGCAUCUAUCCAUUCGGACUCGUGAGAAGUUUUGCAGGAAAUGGACUUUUCACACAGUAGACCACACUGCUUUCAGACAGACAUUAUUAGCAUAAAGCCAGGAGGUGUUGGCGACCAGUGGCACUGCUACCGCUUCUGGCUGUAGUGUAAAAGGAAUGUGCAUGAUAGUAUUAACAGUAUAAAGCCUAUUGGUUGGUCUGAGCAGUAUGCGUUGUAGCAUACUGCUACGGGACUGAAGGAAUGUUGAGUCCUGAGCAGAGUUGAAUCAGCCUUAUAGUAUUUGUGAUGAAUGGGAUGAAUAGUAUCAGCUUUAAAAACAUUAGAUCAAAUGUUUUUGUUGUGAUUUCUCCUCUUUCUUUCUUUUUUUUUUUGUCCUCCCUGGCAUUAAAAUGCAUAGGCUGCGAUACUUUAAAUGACAAUUUCUCUGAUUUCUUGCCAGAACAAGGUGAACAAAUGGGCUCUUUCUGCUGUUGUUAUUUAAAAACUGUCAUCAUUGCAGUUAAAAAAAGAGAAGUUUUCAUGAAAUUUCUUCUUUUUUUUUCCUUUUGCCAGGGGGCAAUACAUGGUACACAGUUCCCAGGACGGGUUUAAAGGAACAGUUCAACAUUCUUUAGUCUGUGGUGGUGGGGAAGAGAAGAUUUCUACCAUUCAAGUAUACGCUUUAUUAGAUAGACGUGUACAGUCUAAUGCAAUCGAAUACAAAUGUUGUAUAUUGUAAAGAAAUUAGUAGCAGGUUUUGACACUGAUGUCCCGGUUGGUGAUGGUGUUGCUCUGAACUGCACUAAUUCUGUGUAAGCAGAUAACAAAAAAUAAAACCAGUAUAGUGCAGUUCAGAACGACAUCAUCUUAACUAUGAUCUCAGAAAUAAAAAUAUAAUUGGAGCACCCUAAAUGGAGAGGGCAUGUCAUUCAUUGCAUGGCAUGUCUCUUUCCUCUUGUUUCAUUUUCUCUCCUAAAGUCAAAAUAGUAAAUUAUACCAAUAAUCAUAACAAAGAUUCCAAGUAAAUUUGUUCAUAACAAUGUAAGUAUUGUAAAGACAGAUGUUAAAGCAAGUCUGCUGUAUUGGAUUACAUUAGAUUGCACCUAAUAGAGUGACCGCUCACACAGUGUUAGAUACAAGUCAGCAGCUGUUUGGCUAACUGUUUGCAUUGCGUAUAUACUGGAAACAGGAUGAACCAUCCUCCCGCCAUCACCUCCGAAGCUCAUCUAGUCAGCAUCGCAUAUCAUUUAUUUAAUCCGGGGUGUCAAAACAAUAAAUCUGCAAUUUCCUGAGGAGUUGAACCCAUGUCUUGGAGCACUUCUUUGGGCUAGGAGCAGUAACUUCCUGGAGUUUUUCGCUGUAAUAGUCGCUUGCAAAACAUGCAGUGUUGGAUUUUUUGCUGAACUGAUUUUGACUGAUUGCCAGUACCAGUAUAUGUACAUACUUCCCACCUGAUUGUAGAGAAUAUCAGGUCUCUUCUGCAGUGGAAUUAACACAUUAUACUUAAUGCUGUCUUCAUGGCCUACUGGCAGGUAGAUCCAAAAAACAAUGGACAAUGCUUUUUAAAUGUACACAUUCCCUUGCAAAGUAAGACUUCAGCUUACAUGUAAGACAGACAUUUCUUUUUAUGGAACAUUUCCAAACACAGCUGUAAACAAUGAACCUGACAGGUGUUUUGUUUUUCCAUUUCAUUUUGAAGCCUGUAUUGACUGAUACCAGUGAUGAUGCAGAAUCAUCGUGCGUCCGUAGGCAGGUGUUACGCUGUGUUCGGUGAGCAGAAUAUGCAUUCCAGCUAUAAUUUCACAUAGAUGUUCUUGUUACAGAAUAUAACCCGCCACAAUGUGCUCAACUGUACUGGCUGGCAGGUGGAUUUUAUUACUUUUGGACAGAGUCAGGCUGGCAGUUUAGCUGUUUUCCCCACUUUGUGCGAAAUGAAUCCAUCCAUCUGCUGGCUGUGACUUUCAGACAAGAAUUUUUUAAAAACACCAAACUACUCUCUUGUUAAUUUCCUGCCUAUUUCUCCCCAAAAAACAUUCUUUUUCUGCUUGCUACUGUAGCCACAGUAGAUUACACAGAUACAUGAGUAAUGAUGACAUAAAUAAGUUGACACCUGAUAACCAAAUCAAGAAAUGACAGCCGACUCGUCACGCGAUGCAACAUCAGUGUUUUAUUUUUCCUGCUGUUCUGUGAAAAACUUCAGACUUCUCAUGUGAAACGUGCCACGUAAGCCCUCCACCCCCACCUGAGACAAUUUGCACCUUUUACAUGGUCUCAUAUGACUCUUUAUCUAUGUAUGUGUUGCACUUUGUAGAUUUUUUUUUAAAUGGUACUUAAGGCUACGAUGUAAUGUUGCAGUUACACCAUUUUUUCCUUUCCUCCUCCUCCCUCCUCCCUCCCCCUUUUUUUUUUUGUGUGUGUUGUAUGGCAAUAAAGCAGUGUGAUCGCCAGGAGUCAUUUCUUAGCACAAGUAGGCAUAUAUUCUAUAAAACUAUUUUUGUAACCCCCAAAGAGCAGCGUUAUGUAAUAGAGGGAGUAAAGUUUGGUUCUGUGAUGUGCUCCGAGUUUCAGUUAACACUGGAUAGCAAUCAUUUAAAAUGUACAUUUCAUUUUGUGUGACUUUGCUGACAGUUUGUAGUCCGGUAUACAUGUUUGCUAAUUCAGGACAGUGCUGUUGGGUUUAUUGGAAGUUAUCAAAUGAUUAAGGAAAAAUAAAAAAAACAUUCAGUGCAAAUUUGAA